UCCGGUGCUUUCACAUCUGAAAGCACUACGCGUCUGUUCUCCCCCCAAAAGAGCUCGUCUCCGUGGAGGACCAAGCUGCUGUGUUUGCUGAAGAAACCUGGCCGUGGCGUUUCCAGAACCUCCUUUCGUUCCCAGCUGUGGCUCAGCGAAGUUCCGGCGCGACCCCUGGAUCACGCGCCCGUCCUCGUCGGCCAGGUUCUGCUGUCAGUCCUGGCAAACCCUAUGAAUCAAACAGGCUGGCCACGAGUGUUGGGCCAGGACAUACGCAAGCAUCUGGAGCAGCUGCGCAGUCGGGCAGUCACACUGCGCGGUCGUGCUCAGGGACGAACGCUGCUCCCCCUGCCUCUGAGUGUGGACAGGAGAGAUGAGCAGCAGCUCAGCUCUGAUUUGUGUCUAAUAGACCGGGCUUUGCUGUAUGCUAUUGAGACCAUGGUGGUAGAGUGGAGUCAGCAGAUGGGCUCUGUGCUGCAGCGUGACUCUUCUCAGCUCCUGCGUCAGGGAGACCAUGUGGGCCCCACAGCGGAGCUGCACUUCUGGACUCAUCAAAAAGAAAAUCUGCAGGGAAUUCAGGAACAGCUGCGAAAUCCGAAAGUUGACCAGGUGCUUGAGAUUCUGCAAAGGAUCCACAGCAGUUAUUACACCUCUUUCCAUGACAUCAUCCAGAAAGUAAACUAUGCGGUGGUGGAGGCGGAGGACAUCGACCUGCACCUGAAGCCCCUGCGAAAGCUCAUUGUGGCAUUUGAGGAACGGAGCUUCACCAACCUGGAGCCGCUUUUCCCAGCUCUCUUUCACACACUUGCUCUCAUCUGGACGCACUCGCACUUUUACUGCUCCCCACCACGCAUGGUCACGCUCCUUACUGAGUUCUGCAACCUGCUCGUUGACAAGGCGAUGGUGUAUCUGAUCCCAGAGGAGCUUUUUAAGAUGGAGCUGGAGGAGGGUGUAGAUCGUGUGCAGCGGACGCUGCAGGUGUUUCGGGCAUUUAAACACACUUUCCAGCAAUACAGAGACAGACUGAGCCCAAUGGGGCCUUACAGUCAGCUCGGGCGCGCUGUCAAACCCUGGGAUUUUCCCUCGCAGAUCAUCUUCCAGCGCACUGACCGUAUCAGUGAGAGGUUGCUCAUGAUUGAGGAAUUGUUUGCGUCAGUGUUGGACUUCCUGAAGCUGGAACGCGUGGAGUUGGGGGGCUCCAGAGGAAAGAUUCUCAGUGCGAUGGUUUACAGAAUGAAUGACGAGUUUCAUGACAGCUGGAGAAUCCUCAGGGAAAGCAAAUAUGACCCUUUGGACUAUAGUAAAGAGGAGUUUGUGAGAGAUUACAGUCGCAUCGUGGAACAGAAUCAUGACUUUGACCAGCGACUGGGGACAGUGUUGAGCCUGGCCUUCCAACACUCUUCCAGCCUAGAGUCAGCCUUCAAGUUACUGCAGAUCUUUGGCACUCUGUUGGAGAGGCCGAGGGUUCACCAGCUGUUUGCACCAAACUAUUCCCUCCUUCUGACCAUGUUUCAGGAGGAGGUCAAUAUCUGCCAGCAUAUACUAGACACCCAUAGAGAGAGGAUGCAAAAUGGCUGCCCAGUUCUCAGUAAAAACAUGCCACCUGUAGCUGGAAACCUGAAAUGGUCACAAGAGCUCAGAGAGAGAAUUCUGAGCAACCGCAGCAACCUUAACCACCUCACACACAUGCCGUUAGACAGUCCUGAGGCGGAACAGGUGUUGCGAGCAUGUGAGUGUGUCUUAGAAGUACUCGAUCAGCUGGAUGAAGAAGUGUUCACUACCUGGUGUGUGGGAUUGGAUGAACUCUGCCACACACACAUGAAUGAACCGCUGCUCUCGCUGGAUGAGGAGAGUGGGCUGUACCAUGUCAACUUUAACCCUGCGUUGACUGCGGUGUUGAAAGAGGUGAGGUAUCUUGGGCUCCUGAGGAAUCAUGACAUACCCAAAGCUGCACUGCACCUCUACUCCAAACAAGAGACACUCUGCAUGUACACUACCACACUCUCUCAGGUCACACAGUGGUACAAUAAGCUCCACAGCACUAUUCUGGAUGUUGAGCUACGAUUGGUGGAAACAGAGAUGGAGGCAGUGAGAUGCACUCUAAGCCCCGCCCUCAAGGACCUUAGGUGGAGUCAGGAGGAGCUCUGGGAUUACAUCAAAAGCACACGUGAUCUGGUGCACGGCAUAUCUGAGCGAGUACAGAAGAGCCAGGCGAACCUGGACACUGUACAGGGACUGAUGGGAGUUUUCAGCCAGUCGGCUUGUGUUACACGCAGGAGCAGUCUCCGCGGGGACCUACUUUACAUGGCAGAUGUGGAGGAAAAGUUCAAACAGCAGUACAGGCUCGUCUCUGAAACAGGAGAGAGAAUACACACACUUGUACAGGAAAACGCCGUUCUCUUGGGCGCUGAUGUCGACUCCGAGUCAUGGGAGGCUUACACACAGCAUGUGGACCGCAUGGUUCUGGGAGGAUUCUGCAGUGCUGUGCGCUGUUCUGUACAGUACCUAGUCGAUAACACAGACUCCGCUCUGCGCAUAGCACCACUGUUCGAGGUCCAGCUGACCCUGACCUCGGAUAUGACCUUUCACCCCUCGCUUGACCUCUCCAAGACAGGCAACUUCUAUCACAUCAUUGACAAGAUGGUGGCUGAUAUAUUCAGAAUGGCUUCCUACAUGAAUAGAGUUGCCAAGCACAAAAAAGCAGAGACGUACGAGGUGGAUAUCACUCAGGUUCCAGAGUUGUGCGACUUGGCUCAGCUGAUUCGCACCCGUGCCCGAGUGGCCAUUUCUAAGGUGAAAGAGUUUCAGAACUCAUUCAGCUCUUAUCGCUACCUGUGGACUGGAGACAGGGCAGAGUUUAUGAGACAGUUCCUGCUCUACGGCCACGCCCUCUCGGCCGAGGAGGUGGAGCUGUACGCUGAUUACGAGCUCACCAAGAAUCCGCCCAAACUAGACAACUUCAAAGAGCAAAUCAGUGAGUUUGAGAGUCUGUAUGACGCGGUGCAGGCGUUGGAGGAGAAGACGGUUUUCUGCGGCUGGUGUCAGGUCGACAUCAAACCAUUUAAAAUCUCCCUCAUGAACACCAUCAAGAAGUGGAGCUGGAUGUUCAAAGAGCAUCUGCUCAACCAUGUCAACGACAGCGUGCAGGACUUGUCGAGCUUCAUCGAGAACGCCGAGCAUGGUUUAGGGAAGAACGUGAAGGAUGGAGAUUACGCUGGUCUGGUGGACAUCAUGAGUCACCUGAUGGCGAUCAGAGACAGACAGCAGAACACCGAGCAGCAGUUCAAACCUCUCAAAUCUACUUCAGAUCUGCUGAAGACCUACAGCCAACAGCUGCCGGAGCAUGUCUAUGCCCUGCUGGAGGAACUGCCUGAAAAAUGGAAGAAUCUGAAGAAAGUGGCCUUCACCGUAAAACACGAGGUCGCACCUCUACAGUCCAACGAGGUUGCCGUCAUCCGAAGGAAGUGUGUCCGCUUCGAGAUUAAACAGCACGAGUUUCGGGAGCAGUUUCGUACGGAGCCCAUCUUCAGCAUCAACAAUGAUGAACCAUACAAACUCAUUGACAAGACCAAUCGUGCAGUGGCUCAUUUGGAAAACGAGAUGUGCAAGCUGCAGGAAACCGCCAAGCUGUUCGAGGUCGGCUUCCCGGACUACAGACAGCUCCGCCAGUGCCGAUCUGACAUCAUCCUCCUCAAAGCGGUGUGGGAUAUGGUCAUCUUUGUCAAAUGCAGUAUCUUGGACUGGAGGAAGACACCAUGGAAAGAAAUCAACGUGGAGCAGAUGGACAUGGAGCUCAGGAGGUUUGCUAAGGAGAUGAAGACACUAGAUAAGGAGGUGCGUGUGUGGGACGUCUACGCCGGUCUAGAGUCUACCGUUAAAAACCUGUUGACGUCACUUCGGGCUGUUAAUGAACUGCAGAACUCGGCGGUUCGAGAGCGACACUGGCAGCAGCUCAUGCACACAACCAGGGUGAGCUUCAUGAUGGAUGAGAACACCACUCUGGGUGAUCUGCUGGAGCUUCAGCUGCACCGUGUGGAAGAAGAAGUGAAGAACAUUGUGGACAAAGCGGUAAAAGAGAUGGCCAUCGAGAAGAUUUUGGCUGAGAUCAAGCAGACGUGGUCUACGAUGUCUCUGUCGUAUGAGACUCACACCAGCACUGGAACUCCUCUACUGAAAGCUGACGAGAACCUGAUUGAGACACUGGAGGAUAAUCAGGUGCAGCUUCAGAAUAUCCUGAUGAGCAAGCACGUGGAGUACUUCCUGGUGGAGGUGAGCGGCUGGCAGCGGCGGCUGAUGCUGGCAGACCUAGUGAUUGGUACCUGGCUGGGAGUGCAGCGCACCUGGGCUCACCUGCAGAGCAUCUUCACCAACUCGGAGGACAUCCGUAACCAGCUGGCACACGAUGCCGAGCUUUUUCAAGGCAUCCACCUCGACUUCCAGGAGUUGAUGAUGAAAGUUGUGGAAACUGCAAAUGUGAUUGAAGUCACGAACCAGCCAGGCUACCUUGAGAAACUUGAGGCUCUGCAGCAAAGGUUGUCUGUAUGUGAAAAAGCUCUGGCUGAGUAUUUGGAAACAAAGCGUCUGACAUUUCCAAGAUUCUACUUCGUCUCCGCUGCUGAUCUGUUGGAGAUUGUUUCCAAGGGAACACAGCCCAGACAGGUCACACGGCACCUGCUGAAGCUCUUUGAUAACCUGGCUGAUCUGAAGUUCAGAGAUGAGGGAGAAGAGGAGGGAAGGGUAGAGGUUGCAGUGGGGAUGUACAGCAGAGAGGGGGAGUAUGUGCCGUUUUCUGAGUCGUGCGUGUGUGAGGGACAGGCUGAGUGUUGGCUGGGUAGGUUGGAGCUGGCCAUGCGCUCCACAGUGAGGCACGAGAUCUCAGAAGCCGUGGCAGCAUAUGAGGAUAAAGCACGUGAUCAGUGGCUCUUUGACUAUCCUGCACAGGUGGCACUGACGGGUAGUCAGAUUUGGUGGGCGAUGGAUGUUGGAAUUGCCUUUGAAAGGGUGGAGGAGGGUUUCGAGACAGCGCUGAAAGACUACAAUAAAAAACAGAUCCUCCAGCUGAACUCUCUGAUAAACAUGCUGCUAGGCGAGCUGAGCCCUGGUGAUCGCCAGAAGAUCAUGACACUUUGUACCAUUGAUGUUCAUGCUCGUGAUGUGGUGGCCAAGCUUAUCUCUCAGAAGGUGACGAACGGCCAGGGGUUUGCCUGGUUGUCUCAGUUACGCCAUCGCUGGGAUGAACAGCAAAAGCACUGCUAUGUCAACAUAUGUGAUGCACAGUUUCAGUUCUCCUAUGAAUACCUGGGUAACACCAACCGACUGGUUAUAACACCACUCACUGACCGAUGCUACAUCACACUGACUCAGUCUCUCCAUCUCACAAUGAGUGGCGCCCCCUCUGGCCCUGCUGGCACAGGAAAGACGGAGACCACCAAGGACCUGGGUCGCUCGCUCGGCAUUAUGGUCUACGUGUUCAACUGCUCAGAACAAAUGGACUACAAGUCCAUAGGUAAUAUCUAUAAGGGUCUGGCUCAGACAGGUGUUUGGGGCUGCUUUGACGAGUUCAACAGGAUCUCUGUGGACGUUUUGUCUGUGGUUGCCGUACAGGUCAAAACCAUCCAAGAUGCUAUUCGCAACAAGAAGCAGAGGUUUUACUUCCUUGGGGAGGAGAUUGAGCUGAGGCCAACCGUGGGGAUCUUCAUUACUCUAAACCCAGGAUAUGCUGGUAGAGCAGAACUGCCCGAGAACCUGAAAGCGCUCUUCAGGCCAUGCGCCAUGGUGAUUCCUGAUUUUGAGUUGAUCUGUGAGAUUAUGCUGGUGGCAGAGGGAUUUAUAGACGCCCGUCUGCUUGCACGCAAGUUCAUCAGCCUGUACACGCUCUGCAAAGAACUGCUCUCUAAACAGGAUCACUAUGACUGGGGUCUACGGGCAAUAAAGUCAGUGCUGGUUGUUGCUGGGUCGCUGAAACGAGAAGACAAGAGUUGUCCUGAAGAGCAGGUGUUGAUACGCGCUUUACGGGAUUUCAACCUGCCGAAGAUUGUCACGAGUGACGUGCCUAUAUUCCUGGGUCUGAUCAGUGAUUUGUUUCCUCUGUUGGAUAUUCCGCGUAAGAGAGACCUGCAGCUGGAGCAGCACGUCCGUCAGGCAAUCAGCGAGCUGCGGCUGCAACCUGAGGAGAACUUUAUCCUCAAGGUGACUCAGUUAGAAGAGCUGCUUGCUGUGAGGCAUUCUGUCUUUGUGGUUGGUGGAGCUGGAACAGGAAAGAGCCAGAUUCUGAAGACGCUGCAUAGAACCUACUCGAACAUGAAGCUCAAGCCCGUGUGGAGCGACAUGAACCCGAAAGCCGUGACCACGGACGAGCUUUUCGGAUUCCUGCAUCCUGCAACACGGGAGUGGAAAGAUGGUCUCUUCUCGUCGACCAUGAGAGAGCUGUCUGCUUUAUCCCACGAUGGCCCAAAGUGGAUCGUGCUGGACGGCGACAUCGAUCCUAUGUGGAUAGAAUCACUCAACACUGUCAUGGAUGAUAACAAGGUGCUGACCCUGGCCAGUAACGAACGCAUCUCUCUAACGCCCUCUAUGCGUCUGCUGUUUGAGAUCAGUCAUCUGAAGGCUGCCACCCCUGCAACUGUAUCCAGAGCAGGAAUCCUUUAUGUCAACCCACAGGACCUUGGGUGGAGCUCCUAUGUGACGAGUUGGAUUGACACACGCCAGGCCCAAUCAGAGCGUGCGAAUCUGACCAUUUUGUUUGAUAAGUAUGUGCCCUACUGUUUAGAGCAGGUCAGGUGCAACUUAAAGACCAUCACACCUUUACCUGAGACAAGCAUGGUGGAGACACUGUGUUGCUUGCUGGACUGCUUGUUAACGGAUGAGAACACUCCCGCCGACUCUCCUCGUGAACUCUAUGAGAUCUACUUUGUGUUCGCCUGUGUGUGGGCAUUUGGAGGAGCUCUCUUUCAGGACCACCUUAGAGAUUAUCGUGGAGAGUUCAGCCGUUGGUGGAAUAAGGAGAUGCGGGCGGUGAAGUUCCCUUCUCAGGGAACCGUAUUUGAUUACUACGUCGACCCCAACACGAAGAAGUUCACUCCCUGGAGCGAUCGCACACCUCCGUAUGAGCUGGAGCCUGAUGUCCCACUGCAGAUGGUGCUGGUUCACUCGGCGGAGACGACCUGCCUGGCGUACUUUGUGGAGCUCCUCUUGGAGAAAGGCAAGCCGGUGAUGCUGGUGGGGAACGCAGGUGUGGGCAAGACCGUCCUCGUAUGGGACACCAUCUCCAAACACAGGGAUGAGUACAUGGUGGCCAAAGUACCCUUUAAUUAUUACACCACGUCAGCCAUGCUGCAACGUGUUUUGGAAAAGCCUCUGGAGAAGAGGGCAGGAAGGAACUUUGCUCCUCCCGGCACUAAGAAGCUGAUCUACUUUAUUGAUGAUCUAAACAUGCCGGAGGUGGACGCCUACGGAACAGUUCAGCCACACACACUCAUCAGACAACACCUGGAUUACUCUCAUUGGUAUGAUCGCCAGAGACUGUUGCUGAAGGAGAUUCAUAAUUGUCAGUACAUCACCUGUAUGAACCCAACAGCUGGAAGCUUCUCUGUCAACCCUCGGCUACAGAGGCAUUUCUCGGUUUUUGCAGUACAUUUCCCAGGUGCUGAGGCUCUGAGUACUAUCUACAGCAGCAUUCUGUCUGGUCACUUCCAGCAGGGGGGCUUCAGCUACGGAGUGAGCCGCUCGGUGGGCGCGCUCGUCCAGGCCUCCAUCUGCCUUCACCAGAAAAUGACUCAGAACUUCCUGCCUACUGCCAUCCGCUUUCACUACAUCUUCAACCUAAGGGACAUCUCCAACAUCUUCCAGGGGAUUCUUUUUGCCCAGCCUGAGACAGUGCGAUACCCCAUCGAGCUGGUGUACCUCUGGCUGCAUGAGUGUUCUCGUGUGUACUCUGAUAAACUGAUGGAGGAGAAGGAUGUUGAGCUUUUCAGUAAGAUCCUGUUGGACACUGGCAAAAGAUAUUUUGAGGGAAUAGAUGAGUCAAUCUUUAUCCACCAGCCUCUGAUCUAUUCGCACUUUGCCCACGGUGUUGGGGAGCCUCGUUACUCGCAGGUCAGUGACUGGGAGAAGCUGCAGAAAACAUUGACUGAUGCACUGGAGCACUACAACGAGCUGCAUGCCAACAUGAACCUGGUGCUGUUUGAGGAGGCCAUGCAGCACAUAUGUAGGAUCAGCCGUAUUCUGGAGUCUCCAGUGGGAAAUGCGCUGCUUAUUGGAGUAGGUGGCAGUGGGAAACAGAGUUUAUGUCGCCUGGCUGCCUUCCUCAGCAUGCUUGAGGUCUUUCAGAUCACCUUGCGCAAAGGCUAUGGCAUUGGGGACCUGAGGGUAACACACACACGCACACACACAUUAUACUCUUCAGUCUCACUUCACUCUCUCACUGUCUCUCUCUUUCUGCAGAGUGAUAUAGGUGCUCUCUACAUUAAGGUGGGGGUCAAGAACAUUGGCACAGUUUUCCUGCACACGGAUGCUCAGAUUCCCGAUGAACGUUUCUUAGUGCUGAUCAAUGACAUGCUCGCAUCUGGGGACAUCCCGGACCUGUUCACCGAGGAGGAGGUAGAUAUGAUUGUGGCGUCAAUCCGUCUGGAACUCCGAGGCCUCGGCAUGCUGGACACCCGAGAGAACUGCUGGAACUUUUUCAUCGACCGUAUACGCAGACAGCUGAAGGUGGUCCUGUGUUUCUCACCGGUGGGUUUCACUCUGCGCACACGAGCGCGAAAGUUUCCAGCUCUGGUGAACUGCACAGCCAUUGACUGGUUCCAUCCUUGGCCCCAGCAUGCAUUACAAUCUGUCAGCAGAACCUUCAUUAGUAACAUCCAAGGCCUUGAGCCUGCAGUGAAGGUGUCUAUCAGCGAGUUCAUCUCAUAUGCACACACGAUCGUUAACGAAGUUAGCAUGAAGUACCAGCAGAACGAGAAACACUUCAACUACACCACACCGAAGAGCUUCCUAGAGUUCAUGAAGUUAUACAGCAACCUGCUGGCAACGAAAAGGAGAGAGCUGACUCAGAAGAUGGAGCGUCUGGAGAACGGCCUGCAGAAACUUCUAAGCACGGCCUCCCAGGUGGAGGAUCUGAAGGCUAAGCUAGCGCUGCAGGAAGUGGAGCUGCAUCACAGGAACAGCGACACAGAGGCCCUUAUUGCUAUAAUAGGCCAGCAGACGGACAAGCUGAACCAGGAGAAGAGUGUCGCUGAUGCAGAGGAGCAGAGGGUAGCAGCAAUUCAGGCUGAGGUGACGAAGCAGCAGAAGGAGACUGAACAGGACCUGGCUAAAGCCGAACCAGCCUUACAGGCAGCCAACGCUGCUCUCAACACACUCAACAGGGUGAGUGUGUGUGUCCGUAAGAUAACGAGGAAGAGAGAGAGGAGAAAAAAGGUGUACAAGAAUAGUGAGAACCCUUAUAUUGUCUUUACAUCUGUAUUGUACACUGUGUGUGUGUGUUUGCAGCUUAAUCUAACAGAGUUACGGACAUUCCCAAAUCCACCUGCGAUCGUGACCAACGUGUUGGCGGCUGUGCUGGUGCUGCUCGCUCCGAGCGGACGUGUUCCUAAAGAUCGCAGUUGGAAAGCCAGUAAAGUCAUCAUGAGCAAAGUGAGCAAUUCCAUCUACGUACACUCCUCGCGUAAAAGAGCAUUCCAAGCUACAGCAGCUCGCCAGUGCAGUGUGUGUAAUGCUUAUAAUGUGUCCUCACAGGUAGAUGAUUUCCUGCAGGCACUGGUUAACUUUGAUAAAGAGCACGUUCCCGAUGCUACGGUUCGAGUGCUGAGGGACGAGUAUCUGAGCGACCCAGACUUCAACCCGGAGUUUGUGCGUCUUAAGUCCUCGGCUGCAGCCGGACUGUGUGCCUGGGUUAUCAACAUCGUACGAUUUCAUGAGGUAUUCCACGAGGUGUUCUGUGAGGUAGAGACAAAGAGAAUGUGUCUCUCUCAAGCUAAUGCUGAUCUGGUUGAAGCAGCAGAAAAACUGGAGAUCAUCAGGAAAAAACUCACAGAGUUGGACAGUAGCCUGGACACACUGACUACAGCGUUUGAAAAGGCCACCUCUGAGAAGCUGCGCUGUCAAGAGGAGGUGAAUCGCACCAAUAAAACCAUCCAACUGGCCAACCGCCUAGUCAAGGGCCUGGAGUCAGAGAACGUCCGCUGGGCACACUCUGUAGCUCAGUACCGGGAGCAGGAAGCGACUCUCUGUGGAGAUGUUCUCCUCACGGCAGCCUUCAUCUCCUAUGCUGGUUCCUUUUCCAAAAGAUACAGACACGAGCUCGUGCACAGCCUCUGGAUGCCGUACCUACGCACACAGAAGGUUCCUGUUCCUAUGACCGAGGGUCUGGAUCCUAUCUCCAUGCUUACAGAUGAUGCUACGGUGGCUAAGUGGAACAAUGAGGGUUUGCCCGGUGAUAAGAUGUCUACCCAGAAUGCAACCAUCCUGUUGAACUGCGAGAGGUGGCCUCUGCUCAUUGACCCUCAACUGCAGGGCAUCAAGUGGCUCAAGAGUCGCUACGGCAGCAGCCUCUGGGUUGUUAAUUUGGGGCAGAAGGGGUACGUCGAUGUAAUCGAGCAGGCAGUAGUAACAGGAGAACCUGUAUUGAUCGAGAACCUAGAGGAGACUAUUGACCCAAUCAUUGAUCCAUUGUUGGGUCGCCACACCAUUAAAAAGGGCAGGUAUAUAAAGGUGGGGGAUAAGGAGUGUAUGUUCCACCCUAAGUUCCGGCUCAUUCUGCAUACUAAAAUGGCCAACCCGCACUAUAAGCCGGAGAUCCAGGCUCAGACCACGCUUAUUAACUUCACCGUGACUCGGGAUGGCCUGGAGGACCAGCUCCUCGCCGAGGUCGUUAACCUGGAAAGACCUGACCUCGAGCACCUCAAGUCCGAGUUGACGAAGCAGCAGAACACGUUUAAAAUCGAGCUAAAGCAGCUGGAGGACGAGCUGCUGACCCGACUCUCCGCCGCUGAAAGUAACUUCCUGGGUGACAACAUGCUGGUGGAGAAACUGGAAAGCACCAAACACACGGCCGCCGAGAUCGAGAUGAAGGUAUUAGAGGCGAAGGUCAAUGAGGUGAAGAUAAAUGAAGCUCGUGAGCACUACAGACCCGUGGCAGUACGAGCAUCUCUCCUCUACUUUAUCAUCAACGACCUCAACAAGAUCAACCCCAUGUAUCAGUUCUCCCUGAAGGCGUUCGAUGUGGUUUUCCGCAAGGCGGUGCAGAACGCCGAGGCGUGCGCCGACGUUAAGACUCGCGUUAGCACGCUCAUCGACUGCAUCACCUUCUCCACCUUUAACUACAUCAACAGAGGCCUGUUCGAGAGAGACAAGCUCACGUUUACAGCUCAGCUCACGUUUCAGUUAUUACUGAUGAAUAAGGAGAUUGAUAUGCGAGAGCUGGAUUUCCUCUUGCGCUUCAAUAUUGACCACAGUUACAUCAGUCCUGUUGACUUCCUCUCCAACUCUGCUUGGAGCGCCAUUAAGACGAUGAGUUUCACAGACGAGUUCCGGGGGCUCGACCGAGACGUCGAGGGCUCUCCUAAACGCUGGAAGAAGGUGGUGGAGUCUGAGUGUCCUGAAAAAGAGAAGCUCCCACAGGAGUGGAAGAGCAAGAGCUCACUCCAGAAGCUCAUCCUCAUGCGGGCUCUCCGUCCUGACCGCAUGACCUAUGCUCUCAGGAACUUUGUAGAGGAGAAGUUGGGUGUGCAGUACACUGAGAGCAGGAAGAUGGAGUUCGCAAGGUCGUUUAAGGAAAGUGGUCCGGCCUCUCCUGUGUUCUUCAUCCUGUCACCUGGAGUCGACCCGCUGAAAGACGUGGAGUCUCUCGGUAAGAAGCUCGGCUUCACUAUAGACCUCGGGAAGCUGCAUAACGUGUCUCUCGGCCAAGGCCAGGAGGCUGUAGCAGAGCUAGCCAUGGAGAAAGCUUCCCAAGAAGGUCACUGGGUUAUACUACAGAACAUCCACCUGGUUGCAAAGUGGCUAGGAAGUCUGGAGAAGCUUCUGGAACGAUGCUGCGAGAGCAGUCACCCGGACUACCGAGUGUUUAUGAGCGCAGAGCCAGCGGCCAGCCCUCAGGAGCACAUAAUUCCUCAAGGAAUUCUGGAAAAUUCCAUUAAAAUCACCAACGAGCCUCCGACCGGAAUGCUCGCUAACCUGCAUGCAGCACUGGACAAUUUUGACCAAGACAUCCUGGACCAGUGUUCUCGUGAGCAGGAGUUUAAGACCAUCCUGUUCUCCUUGUGUUAUUUCCACGCGUGCGUUGCAGAGAGGAGGAAGUUCGGCCCUCAAGGCUGGAACCGCAAAUAUCCAUUUAACACUGGAGACCUCACAAUUUCCGUGAAUGUUCUCUACAACUAUCUGGAGGCCAACUCUCAGGUGCCGUGGGAAGAUCUGCGCUAUCUCUUCGGAGAGAUUAUGUACGGCGGACACAUCACCGACGACUGGGACAGGAGACUGUGUAGGACGUAUUUGGAGGAGUACAUGCAGCCCAACCAGUUUGACAGGAAGUUGGCUUUAGCUCCUGGCUUUGUCGUUCCCUCCAACCUGGACUAUGAGGGUUACCACGGCUUCAUAGACGAGAUGCUUCCCCACGAGAGCCCGGUGCAUUAUGGGCUUCACCCCAACGCUGAGAUUGAGUUCCUGACGGUGACCUCCGACAGCCUGUUCCACACCCUGCUCGAACUACAGACCAGAGACUCGUCCAUGGGCGAGGGAGCAUCGCAGAGCACCGAGGAGAAGGUAAAGACGGUCUUGGAUGACAUUUUGGAGAAACUACCAGAGGAAUACAACAUGUCUGACCUCACGUCCAAAACGGCCGAGCGCACGCCGUACAUUCUGGUGUGCCUCCAGGAGUGUGAGCGCAUGAACACACUGGUCAACGAAAUACGACGUUCACUAAAAGAGCUGGACCUGGGGCUAAAGGGCGAGUUGGCGAUAUCUUCAGAGAUGGAGCAGCUACAGACAGCACUGUUCUUUGAUAAUGUUCCUGACACCUGGACUAGGCUCGCUUACCCCUCUACCUACACCCUGGCUCAGUGGUACAAUGAUGUGUUGCUGCGCUGUCGCGAGCUGGAUAGUUGGACUCAGGAUCUCUCUCUGCCGAGUGUCGUCUGGCUAUCAGGUCUUUUCAACCCCCAGUCUUUCCUCACAGCUGUGAUGCAGAGCUUGGCACGGAAGAACGAGUGGCCGCUCGAUAAGAUGACUCUAACGGUGGACGUGACAAAGAAAUUCAAGGAGGAGUUUAACCAGCCGGCCAGAGAGGGUGCUUAUGUCUACGGACUCUACAUGGAAGGUGCACGUUGGGAUAUCCAGAACGGGACGAUCACGGAGGCACGGCUGAAAGAACUCACUCCCAGCAUGCCUGUGAUCGCGGUGCGUGCCGUCCCGAACGACCGGCAGGAAACACGCAACAUCUACGAGUGUCCCGUCUACAAGACCAAACUGAGAGCAAACACCUACGUCUGGACAUUUAACCUGAAAAGCAGAGAGAGACCGGCCAAGUGGGUGCUCGCAGGCGUGGCCCUCCUGCUGAGCAUGUGAGGUACGAAGCGCUGUGUAAACGCAAACUGUCACCUGCAAAAAAAGACACGACUCAAACACGGCACAUUUUAACGCAUUUUCUUGUUUAUUUGUUUAAAUAAUUGCGUGUCUUUAUCAACUCAUAAUAUUCCCAAUAUACAGUGUAAUAUAUAAUACAUACCAAUAUACUGCUUAUAUCCGAGAAAAAAAAAAGGAAACAUUCUAAUCUGACAGUGUGUUCUGCGUUGUAGAAAAUACACUGGCAAACAUUUAAAAACGCAUUAAAAACAAUUUUGUGUCAACAGCACUAGAUUUAAAAAGUGACGCUGUACAGAAAAAGUUUUGCAGUGCUUGUGCAAAAAGUUGCAAAGUUGUAUAGCAGUCGCACUCGGGUCACGCUUUAUCAAGCCUCUGGUCCAGGAUCAGGUUUCGGCACGGACAGAGCUGAUCUUAGACCAGUGGUUAUGCUUUGAGAUGUUUAGAGGCUCAGGCCUCAAAAACGAACAUACAGCAGCGUUUCCACUGGAAGCUUAUAAAAUCAUGAAGACGAGCCGUGUCCAACUCAAAUCAGCGUCGCAACAGAGAAUCAAGUAGAAGAAAAAGAUUUUGUUCAUGUUUUUUUUUUUUGUUCAGAGUUGACAAUUUGGGUUCUAAAGAUACAUCAAUAGAUAUACCAAGAUUAAAAUUAUUCAAUGUUGCAACGUUGCUAAAAUUAAGGUGUGAAAUUUUGGGACGUUCACCUAAACACAACAUGACGUCUGACGGUAACUGUGGCUUCAGUCAAGUUGCACAAGCAGCUCACAUUUCUUCAUUUUCCACCUCCAAACCUACAGUAACAACCUCAUCACUACUGAGUCACACCAAUCAUUAUUUCAUCAGUAUUACUGAGAAUAAUAACUGUGCUUUCGAGUCCUCCUGGGAAGUUUACGAGUUGGGAAGUCGUACAGUAAUUACGACACCAGGUGCGUUCAAGUCACUCUGGUUGGAGCGAGAUGGUGGCGUACCUUCUCUUAAUUAACUACCAAAAAAAACUACAGCAAGGUUUUUAACUGUUCUACAAAGCGAAGGACAAAGAAUGUGCAUCAGGUGUGUUUUUCCUUUUUAUGUUUUUAAACUGCACCUAUUAUGGUUUUGAAACAUGACUAAUUUUGUUUUAAUUGUCUCAUACAAUAGAUUUACAUGCAUCCAAGAUCAAAAACACUUUAAUGUGCUCAUAAUUUAAAUCGCAGCAUUACUUUUUCCCCCAGUGUCACAAACGACUUGUUAAAUGAUCCGAUCUAAAGGAUUCAUUCUAAACUCCUCCUUUCAGAGAGCAUACUCUGGUCUGAUUGGUCAGAUGUCCCAGUCUGUUGUGAUUGGUCUAGCGCUGUCAGCGUGCAGCCGAUGAAGACCAGAGGCGGGGCUUUUUGUUACAAAACUACGUAGGUUAGUACAGGAAGUAAAGUCUGGAAUCACUAACGACUCGUUUCAGCUGUUCAGAAUCGAUUCCUUUUUUUGGGAGUCAAUCAAAAACAGCUUUAUAACACACUACAUGGAAGGUAAUAUUUGAAAAACCAUAAUAGGUGCAUGUUAAAUAAUUUAUGAAGCCACUGUACACUUUAUCGUUACAUAUUAUAUCGUAAAUAUACAGUACUAUCGUAUUUUGUACAGGAAAUUACCUUGUUUUAUUGUCAAUAAAAAAAGCAAACACAUCAUAACUGAAAUCAGCUUCUGAGACGAGUAAACAUUCAAUUUCAACAAAUUUACCGUCCACUACAGACGUUGCAUCCAUUGAUUCCACCGUGUUUUCUUACUGACACGCCGUCAACACGGAAACUCAGGAGUCAAAGAAAUUCCAGAGUUUCCCCACUCGUAAUUACGACUUUUUGAUGGCGUUCAUGUGCGUUCAAACUUGUAAACACGAUCUUUCCGACAUGACUUGAACGCACCAUAAAUCUAAUCUAGAGAUCAAGCUAGACUGGUUAGUUAGCCGAUAUUAGGACUGGAAAAAAGAAUGAAUAAAUAAAUAAAUAAAUAAAAGUCAAGCAUGAAGGCAGUCUUACUCAACUCUGAACAUGGCUCAUAAUUUUAAAAGCUCCUUUUUGGAACUCUUAUAUAGUCAUCAUAGAAGCUACAGAAAUUUCUUUCCGUGGAAAUGUUUACAUCAUAUGUUUCGUUACACGCACCCUUUUAGUAAUCUACCUUCUACUUACAUCUCGUGUCUAAAUCUCUACUUUAUAGUGGGUGGUCCCUGUUAAGACAUGCAUAUGAGUUUACGCUGAAACCCCCGGAAGACCGUUUUCAGUGCAGCGUAGAACACGCCUCGCACUUUGCCUACACGCUGAGUAGAUUACGAUACACUAAAGAGACUUAACUUUGGUUAAAACAUGCAGGUCAGUAUUAAAUAUGUUAAUAUAUGAGUUUGGGUUUUAUGCUGUAUGUCAGUAAAUAAAAGGACAUGCAGGACA